AUGACUUUCUUUUUCAUUGCUUAUUUUUUCUUUUCUUUUUCAUUCACUAGCUUCCUUAUUGAUUUUUUUACUCUAUUUCUUUCUUUUUCUUCUUUCUCUUUUAAUUCUCAUUCCUCUGUUCUCUCUGAAGUUAUUUCCAUAUCUUCUUUCAUCAUAUUUUCCUUUCUCCUUUAUUUUACUUUUAAUUUCUUUCUUUCUUCCUCUUCCUAUUUUUCCCUUUUCUUCAAUAAUAUCCUUAAAUUCUACCUUCUUUUAAUUCCUUUUCAUUAUUUUUCUCUCUUUCUAUUUCUUUUUUCUCUUCCCAUUUUCCUUCUCCUCCCCCUCCCCACUAUAAUUUUCUUUUUUUUUUUUUCCUUGUCAUUCCUUCUUUUGGUAAUCUGUUCUUUCACUUUAUAUUCUAACAUAUUUCUUUCUCUCUGUAUUUUUCUUCAUGUCCUUUUUUCUCCUUUCCAUCCCAUUUUGAUCAUUUUUAAUGGCUACAAAGAAUUUUGUUUUCUCCCGUAUUGUCUUUAG